UAAUAUUGCACGAGGCAAUUUGAAAUCUAUCCUUCAGAUUCCUAAUCGGAGCACAUAUGCACAAAGUUUCUAUAAAUGAAUGUUUUACCUUUUCUAAUGUUUUUUUCUUUUAUUAUAUAUGAUAUGUGAACAAUUUUCUCGAUCGUGCAUCCAACUGAUUGCAUCUCUUGAUUGUGUGAAACCAGUUUGUAUCUGAUGAGAUAUCACAGAAGUACAAAGAUAAUACGACGCAAAUGGAAAGCUACAUGUUCUUUGUGAUUUGACGAGUUAGCCAAGAAACUAAUUGAUGACAGUAGCAUUGCCCCAUUUCUAACUUUUCGUUUUAUGUUUGUGUUAUAAAAGUAACAAAUGUGCGCGCGUAAAAGCUGCUGUUUAAAAAAAGCGCGUAAAAGCUGCUGUUAAAAAAAGGUAACGUACGUUCAAUCGGAGGUUAGAAAACUCUCAUAUACAGGGUGUCCCAUUUUAAUCAGUCCAGUCAAUUUACUCCAAAAUUAUGGACGCUACAAGACAGUGUUUCAGAUGAAUGUGGCACGAUUUCGAGGGAAACUAUUAAUUUUUUAAUAAUUGUAUUUUAAUACUUUAAUGCGCAAAAUAAUUACAGGAAUUAUAUUAUGCAAAAAAAAUCAUAUAUUUCACUUAACAAAGUGAUGGUGACCUUCAUAUCUUUUUGGUGCCUGUGCCUAGAAAAAAAAGUAACAUGACCAAAAUAUAUCUCCCUCGAAACCGUUUUACUUUCAUCUGAAACAUUAUUUUGUAUCAAUUUAGUUAAUUUGGGAGAAAAUUGGCAGGAUUGAUUAAAAUUGGACAUAUUGUAUGUGUAUGUGUGUGUGUGUGUGUGUGUGUGUGUGUGUGUGUGUGUGUGUGUGUGUAUUAGAAAUAUGCUUAAUACGUAUGUAGAUAUUUUCUCACAUAUUUAAAAAUACUCGCGAUAUAUUUAUAACAUACCCCUCAUUCAUAAUUAUUUAUCCCUUGAAACGACAAAAAUAUGCGAAGAGUUAUGUAAACAGUUGAUACGUUAUAUAAACAGUCGCUAAAUAAAUGUUGAAUCUUGUGCUGGUCGGCUAAUUGCUAGUACCUAGAUAGUCAAGAGCCAUACCCUUAUUACGUAAUCAGCUUCUAAAGAAUCAAAGCGAUCAGUGCGAACAUUUGCGGUACGUGUUGGUGAAUGUUUCUAUGUAGUGGAGUGUGCGAAUGCGGCGGAGUAGAAGAGCAGAAUAAAUUCUGUGUUCUUCCACGAUGUUUGGCCAGACAGGGAUUUAUCUCAUUAUAAGACACUUUAUUCGGGCACGAAUGGCAAUAACAUAUGCGAUCGACGUAUAACUUACUUAUCAAAAGAUCAAACUAAAGAGUAUGAGUAAUAUUACAAGAGUUUGCGAUGAAAGUUGUCCUGCUGACGACAAGCCUAGAUUUCUAUCCUGCCUAAAGGCAUACUGGCCUGAAUUAUCAGAAGGCACCCAAGAUGACGCUUAUAUGGGCGGAAGUGAUGUGGAAGGAGAGGGAAAGCAAGUUCUGGUUGGGAUAUGCGCGAUGGCGAAGAAAUCGCAGAGUAAACCGAUGAAAGAGAUUUUGACGAGGCUCGAGGAAUUCGAGUAUAUAAAAAUUAUCGUAUUUCCAGAAGAAGUGAUAUUAAAAGAAACUGUAGAAAAUUGGCCUGUGGUCGACUGCUUGAUAAGUUUCCACAGUAAAGGCUUCCCCCUUGAUAAAGCUAUAAAUUAUGCAAAUUUACGCAAACCGUUCAUCAUUAAUCAUCUCCCGAUGCAGUAUGAUAUCCAGGACCGAAGAAGAGUUUAUGCUAUAUUGGAGAGCGAAGGUAUCGAAAUUCCACGAUAUGCCGUUCUGGACAGAGAUUCACCAGAUCCGAAACAGCACGAAUUGGUGGAAUCGGAAGAUCACGUAGAGGUGAACGGUAUUACUUUCAACAAACCAUUUGUGGAAAAACCAGUAUCCGCCGAAGAUCAUAAUAUCUAUAUUUACUAUCCUACCUCUGCUGGUGGAGGAAGUCAGAGAUUAUUUAGAAAGAUAGGUAGUCGUAGUAGCGUAUAUUCUCCAGAAUCUCGCGUUCGCAAGAGUGGUUCUUAUAUCUAUGAAGAUUUUAUGCCUACCGAUGGCACAGACGUUAAAGUCUAUACCGUGGGACCUGAUUAUGCUCACGCCGAGGCGAGGAAGAGUCCUGCUCUCGACGGCAAAGUCGAGAGAGAUUCAGAGGGCAAGGAAAUUCGUUACCCGGUGAUAUUGAACAAUGCCGAGAAACUCAUUAGUAGAAAAGUAUGUUUAGCCUUCAAACAAACGGUGUGCGGCUUCGAUUUAUUGAGAGCCAACGGUCAGUCGUUCGUAUGCGAUGUGAAUGGAUUUAGUUUUGUAAAGAACUCAAACAAGUAUUAUGAUGACUGUGCCAAGAUUUUGGGGAAUAUGAUACUCAGGGAACUGGCGCCUACGUUGCAUAUUCCGUGGAGCGUUCCCUUUCAAUUGGACGAUCCUCCUAUUGUACCAACUACGUUCGGCAAAAUGAUGGAAUUGCGCUGUGUCGUAGCAGUUAUUAGGCAUGGCGAUAGAACCCCAAAACAAAAGAUGAAAGUAGAAGUUCGUCACCAGAAAUUUUUCGAUAUAUUUGCAAAGUACGAUGGCUAUAAGCAUGGUCAUGUAAAACUAAAACGUCCUAAACAGCUGCAAGAGAUUCUCGAUACAGCGCGUAGUCUAUUAACGGAAAUACAACACCGUGCAGCGGGACCUGAAUUAGAAGAAAAACAAGGGAAACUAGAACAACUCAAGAGUGUUUUAGAAAUGUAUGGACAUUUCUCUGGCAUAAAUCGUAAAGUGCAAUUGAAAUAUCAACCGCGAGGACGACCGCGGGGAAGUUCUUCCGACGACGGUAGCGAUCUUAAUCGAUUAGGGGAACCGUCUCUCGUCUUGAUAUUGAAAUGGGGCGGGGAACUGACGCCGGCUGGACGUAUUCAGGCGGAAGAAUUAGGACGCAUAUUCCGCUGCAUGUACCCCGGUGGUCAAGGUAGACACCUUAGUGAGGAAGAAUCAGAGAUGUUACCAAGCCACGGUGAAUACGCAGGUGCGCAAGGAUUGGGUUUAUUACGUCUGCAUUCCACGUUUCGCCACGAUUUGAAGAUCUACGCUAGCGAUGAGGGACGUGUUCAAAUGACUGCAGCAGCUUUUGCGAAAGGAUUGCUCGCAUUGGAGGGAGAGUUGACGCCUAUUUUAGUGCAAAUGGUGAAAAGUGCAAAUACCAAUGGCCUCUUAGACAACGACUGCGAUAGUAGCAAAUAUCAGAAUAUGGUAAAAACGCGCUUGCACGAACUACUGCAACAGGACAGAGAAUUCACUCGAGAGGAUCGGGAACAGAUCAAUCCGGGAAACGCGUUGAGCAUCAACGCCGCUUUAGACUUUGUCAAGAAUCCGGUCCGUUGCUGCCAACAUGUUCACAUUCUUAUUCAGAAACUCCUAGACAUCGUGCGAAUAAAAAAAGAGGAUCCGAAGACGAAGGACACGAUACUUUAUCACGGUGAAACGUGGGAACUGAUGGGACGUCGCUGGGGAAAAAUAGAAAAGGACUUUUGCACGAAAAACAAGCGUUUCGACAUAUCUAAAAUUCCUGAUAUUUACGAUUGCAUAAAAUACGAUCUGCAGCACAACAACCAUACGUUGCAAUUUGAACACGCGGAAGAAUUAUAUACGUAUGCUAAAUCUUUAGCGGAUAUAGUCAUUCCUCAGGAAUAUGGUUUGACGGUGCAAGAAAAGCUGACUAUUGGUCAGGGUAUUUGCACGCCUUUGCUGAAGAAAAUACGUGCUGAUCUACAACGAAAUAUUGAGGAAUCUGAAGAGACUGUCAAUAGACUUAAUCCUAGGUAUUCCCAUGGUGUGUCGAGUCCCGGUCGCCAUGUACGUACGAGACUGUACUUCACAAGCGAGAGUCAUGUACAUUCCUUAUUAACUGUAUUGCGUUAUGGUGGUUUGCUCGAUGUGGUGAAAGAUGAGCAGUGGCGGCGCGCGAUGGAAUACGUCAGUAUGGUGUCCGAGUUGAAUUACAUGUCGCAAAUUGUUGUUAUGUUAUACGAGGACCCGACUAAGGACCCAUGCAGCGAGGAGCGUUUCCAUGUUGAGUUGCAUUUUAGUCCUGGCGUUAAUUGUUGCGUGCAGAAGAAUCUGCCGCCUGGUCCCGGCUUCAGACCACACUCGCGUAAUGAGAGCAGUCAGAACGUGGGGGAGAGCGGUGGUUCUGGCCAGGAUACUAGUUCACAAUGUAGUACCCGGAUAGAAGAGGAAGAUGCGGAAUUGGGUAUUAUCGAAGACGAUCUGAUAAAUACCACGGCGCAAGCUAUAAAAAUUUGUUUUCAGAAUACGCCAUUAAUGGAAACGGACACGGUGGACUCUAUGCUGGACAGUCCAACGACUAGUCGUGGGAUCGACAUGAUGGAUCUCGAUCCGAAUAUGAUGGACGAACCGUACGACAGUGGAUUCUUACAAAGUUCAGCACCGAUUCCCAUCAGCGCUAGAACCGUGGCCGGACACGAAGCUGCUAGACUUAGCAGUCAAUUGGCAGCGAGUCAACGACAACGGCGAAGUAGGGAAGCAGGGAGUAUUGUGGAACCGCGUGCGCGAAGCUACGAUCAUCAGCGGCAAGAGAAACCCGAAAAAGCGGCCGAGCCACCUUCAGAGGAACCUCGCGACGAGGAACAUACGUGGAAUAAACCGGCGAUGCUGCUGCAGUCGCACAGCUCGCCGGAGUUACUGGUCUCGCCGGACGAGAGCUUCGCUUCCUCGUGCUCGCUUCGCAAUGCGCCCAACGAUAACCAGUUAUCCGCCAAUCUUUGCUCGUUGCCCGAUCCGUCGUUCGUGACCGUCAGCGGCCUACCAGAGCGGACACCUGUCACUGGGCACCGUGGCCGCGGCAGAAAGUACGGACGGUCGCGCUCCGAAGUAACUCUGCUCUCAACCGUCGAACUCUGCGACACGCGAUCGCGGAUCAUUGAACCUGAUCCUACCUGCACAGCAAGGCGCCACCGUCACAGUAUCUCCGGACAGAUGAGUUAUUUCAAGCUGUUGGGCUACAAUGUCAGCAAGAAGCUCACUGGCUCGGCUAACAGUCUGUUCAGCACCGCUGUGAUAAGCGGCUCCUCGAGCGCGCCGAACCUGAAGGAUAUGGUACCACCUCAUGCGUCUGCGGUUGCCGCUAUAGAAGGUUUUGGUGGGGUACCGCCCAUCAGACCCUUAGAAACUCUGCACAAUGCGCUGUCGCUACGUCAACUGGAUUGCUUCUUGGAGAUGAUGACCACGGCACCGUUAUACAGGACCCCGGCAUCAUCACCGCCUAAGUCGUCGCCGGCCGGAUCGACGCACGAGUCGCUCAAUCCGCCCCUCGUUCACACGGGGAUCGGUCGCGAGUACCAUUCCUCCGACACGGAAGCUGUCAGAUAUAUCACGCCGACACCGAUACAGUAUAAGCCCCUUGGCGAAGCAGAGACGUGCGACCCCAGAAAUCUGCCGUCACCUACUAGCCCAAACAGCACAGGAUGGAGUAGCGAGCCGCAGUCUUUUCUAUCCUCCGAGCCAUCGUCACCUGCACCAACGUCGACAGGCGAGUGCAGUAUGUCUAUAAGUUUAAUCAGCAACGAAAGUGCUCAACUCUUUAUCGCGCCGAAAUUCUCCCCGACCUCUUGCCUGGACGUGGACUUUAACGAAUUUUGUAUUCGUCUCGAUCAAGAGAAUCGAGAAAGUCGCGGCAGCGUCUCAUAUACAGAUUAUUACAGUAAUGAGGACGGUCAGAUACGCAAGAUAACGCAAAUACCGCAAGUGAUACAGUCAGCUGUCGGCGGUGCGUCGACGAAGUUCGUGUGCAGCGAUGAUCUUCCCUGCGAUAAUAUCGACGAGGACGAGGACCACACGUUGACUUUGAAACAGAGCGAGGAACAAAAGAAGCAGGAUGUUAAAUCGAUAUUUGAACCGAGGGACGACGUUAAAUCGAUAUUCGAACAGAGGGACGAUGUUAAUUCUGCGAAGUUAAGCGGCAGCCACAAGAAGAUCGGACGUUUCCUGGUGGAAAGUACGGAUAUAUCGCAUGGCGAUGUCCGAAUUAAGGACAGCGACGCUGGUACUUCCGACAAAGGAAAACUCUCUACUUCUCAGAAAUCCGAUUCUUGCGCGGGUAAAUCCAUCGCGGAAAAAGCGAAGAAGGAUUUUAAAAAGAGCGGCGGUUCGUACAUCAGUCCUCAGAAGCGAAAGAACUUUUCCCGCUCGCAGAGCGUUACGACACCGAAGCCGGUCGCGUCGAAACCCGAAACGACCUUCAGGCAGAGCUCAUUUUCGACUAUGUCGGAUGAGGAUUUGGAAAAUUGGAAAUUGAGUGCAGAUCCGACGCAUUCCUCGGAAACGAGCCAGCAAGAGGAACCUAUACUUACUGUAGCCGGCAGUCUCACGGAUAGCUCUAACGUCACCGUGGGCUUCGACGUUAAAGAGGAAGAAAAGGAGUAGAUAUUCAAUUGUAAAUUAAUUUACUUUGAUAUUUUUCGAGACAUUCACGUGAUAUUAGAUCUAUUCUUACGACGUGGCGUAAUUUUACGCUACUAGUGUUUUAGAAAAGAUAGUUUUCUAGCAUGAGAGAAGUAUUGAGAUACAGCAAGUAUUAAAGAGAGCCAUAAUGUUUCAUAGCGUUAUUAAGGCUGAUAAAAGUAUAUCACGACCAGUCAUUUAGAGAGAAUUAUAAUAGUGGAACUUUUAAACCCCAUCUCCUUCCAAAAUUCUUAUAGCAUUAUAUAUAAAUGAGAUAUUAAAUCAAAUAAAAAAACGGAUAUAUUCUUAUUUUAGUCCAAGAAAUAUCUAGAAGGCGAUUAAUCUUUCUAAAUCGCUUUGUGACUUAAAAAAUAUAUUUUACCAAUACAGAUAAAAUAAGUAUGAUUAGUUUACCCUAAACAAUGUAGCAAACGUUCUUAAAUUGUUAUUGAUCUUUUGUAACAAAAAGAUCAACGAAUUACUCGACUGAUAGUAGUGAGAAAAAAAUUAAUCUUUUUUUACUUACAUAUCAUUAUCUGCGGCGCGCUUUAAUUCAUUUCUAAUUUUGAAUUUAUGUAUUUACAUAUAUUCACAUUAUUGGUAUAAUUUUUUGUGAAAGUCUGUUUUUUAAAGAAAAUAACAAAUCAAAAAUUUUUAUCAAUAAAAAAUAUUGAGUUGGAAUAAAAGUUCGUAGUAGCACACACGUGGUUAAAUAAAUCUAUAUACAAAUAUCUAAAAAUAUUUAACAUUCUAAUCUAAGAAAUAUUUAAACGCCAUGAACUCUUGUUCCAACCCGAUAGAUUGACACAGGAAUAGAUAUAUUUUCCAUUUACUUAUCUAUUUUAAGAUACUUAGAUAAAUAACGUUUCGCGCAGCAAUAUUCUCCUAGGAUCAUCGCUGUUGACUGUGAAUCGUAAUUACAUGCAUAGAUUACCUCUUUCCUAAAGAGAUUACUGCAGAUGUACAAAAAACAAUAUGUAGAUAAAUAUAGCCAUUUUGUGUGCUUCAAUUAAGUAUAAGGGUGAAUAAUUUAGGAAGAGAAGUACGAAGGAAAAAAGUACUUAAAAAGUGAUUAUGAAUGUUUGAAGAUGCCUUUUAGAAAGAGAUGUAAAAAUGUAUAUUUCUUGGAUUUUGUUUUUCUUUUUAACCGAGAUAUAUAAUUGCAAUAAUUUUUUAAAUUGAUAGCCAGAUAUUCUUGAAGUUACCGAAUGUACGAGACUGAAAAUAUGUAUACGUACUAGCUAAUGUGUAUCGAAUAACAACGAAAAAAUAUCUCUAUAAGAGAUCUUACUUAGUUGAAGAUAUUAUGUUCCUUACAUUUUUUUCCGUGUAUACACUGUUAAAAAUCGGCAGCAGAAUUUAAUUUAAUGUAAAGGAAGCAAAUUUCAAGUAGGUAUAUUAAAAACAUUUAAUAUGCAUUAAUGUAAAUUUAAUAUUGUCCACUAAAAUGCAUGCACAUGCCUUUCAGUAUAGAUACAUUAAAUUUAAUGUACUUAAAAAUACAUUGAAUUUCAUGACAUUUUUAACAUUUUUAACAGUGUAGUGGUAACUAUUGGAGAGAGAGAGAGAGAGAGAGAGGGGAGGAUUGUAUCCGAGCCAAAGAAAAUAUCCCGGUUAAGGAAAUAUAACUACGCAUGAAGUUGCACAAAGAAACAACGCAUCUACUGUUAUGCGGCUUCGUUCCACCAUUAUAAAAAAUACGUAAUAGUUAUUAACAGCAGAGAUUAACCGUACUUGUAAAAUAAUAAAUGGCGUACUCAGAUACGAAAUAUAGGUACGUACAUAAAUAUAUAUGUUACAAAUGUUUUAAUAAAACAGUCCGAAACAAAA